UCUUAUUAUUCUCAAAACCCCCCUCUUCUUUCUCCCUUGUUCCAGGAACCAAACCCACCAUCAUCAUCUUUUACCAAUAUAUUUCCGACAUAAUAAAAACAGAAGGUAAUAAGAUAUGGAAGGUGAAACAACAAAAUCAAGAUUUAAGAGAAUAUGUGUUUUUUGUGGAAGUAGCCCAGGAAAGAAACCUAGCUACCAAGAAGCUGCUAUUGACCUUGGCAAAGAACUGGUGGAAAGAAGGAUUGAUCUAGUGUAUGGAGGUGGCAGCGUGGGUCUGAUGGGUCUUGUUUCUCAGGCAGUUCAUGAUGGUGGGCGCCAUGUUCUAGGGGUUAUACCAAGGACCCUAAUGCCCAGAGAGAUAACUGGUGAGCCGGUUGGUGAAGUUAAAGCAGUGGCUGAUAUGCAUGAAAGGAAAGCUGAGAUGGCUCGUUUAGCUGACGCCUUUAUUGCUCUCCCGGGUGGCUAUGGAACUCUAGAAGAACUGCUUGAAGUCAUCACAUGGGCUCAACUCAAAAUCCACCAUAAACCCGUUGGUCUGCUGAAUGUGGAUGGUUACUAUAACUCAUUGCUGUCUUUCAUUGAUAAAGCCGUUGAUGAAGGCUUUAUCUCACCAAUUGCUCGACGGAUUAUUCUCUCUGCUCCGAAAGCCAAAGAGUUGGUGAGACAACUCGAGGAAUUUGUUCCUGAGUAUGAUGAAAUUGCAUCAAAGUUGACGUGGGACGAGGUGGAUAGACUAAGUUAUGUACCGGAGGCAGGAGUUCCAACGUAGAAGUGUGAUCGAUGCGUAGUAACCUUUUUUUUGGUGGGAUUAGUAGUCGGAUUAUAUAUACUUUGGGGGUAUAUAUGAAUGAUAUAUAUACAGACUUUUGAACUGGUACAUCUCCAUGGGAAGGGCCUGUUUUGGUAUUUUGGGGGAUUAAUGUCCUUCACAUUACUCUUAAAAAGUUUCAUGUACAUGAUAUGGAGAUGAUACUCUUGGUUUUGCAAGUUAUGGCUAUCUAUAUUUUGCAAGUUUAAUGGCUAUUUAUAUUUUGCUUUUGU